AUGAUUCAAAAUUCAAAAUUUCAAACGACUUCUACAGAACUUGAUGUCACCAAAACAUCUUUUAUCAAUUGCUAUUCCAAAGGAAAAGGUGGAUCAAUAUCAAUCAUUUCUCCAUGUACAUUUUCUUGCGUAGAAACAAGAUUUAUAAAUUCAAGUUCUUCAGAAAGCGGAGGAGCCAUUUACGGAUUAAUUAAAAAGAUGAUCCUAAGUAAUAUCUGCUUCCUAAAUUGCAAUACAACUGAUAAUGGACAAGCAAACUACAUUUCAUGCAUAGAUGAGAGUGUUCAAGUCAAUAUUUCGCAUACAACUAUUGCGUUGUGCUCAGAAUACAAACGUGGAAUGAAUCAGAAUGGAAAUCAUUUUCAAAAUGGAGUUAUUUCUUUUAAUGAAGCAAAUAUUUCCAAAUCAAUAACAACUCGUGGAGCUGCAGCAAUUAGUACACAAAAGUCUUCAGUUUCUUUGAUUUCUUACUCUAAUAUUCAAGAUUGUGUUUCAAUCUCGAUUUUGGACUUUUUCUUUACACCUCAUCCUGUUACAAUCGAUCACACAAACUUCAUCGCUAACAGUAACACAGCACAAUCGAACUUACUCGUGUUUUCUUCGAAUACUGUUUUAUCUUCCUGUUAUUUUGAGAGAAAUAAAGGAUAUUUGACAGGGCCAAGUGCUGGACCGACCAUUUCCAUAUUUAUGAAGGACUGCUACUAUGAUUUAAUCAAAUUCUUGAUUUCAUCAGGAGUUCAAACGGAGAAUUGCCAGCUUAUUGGAGAGCACGCAAAGCCAAACACAAUUGGAAAGCAAGGAGACGCAUGCAUCGAUGAAAAGUCUCUGAAACUUUCAUCAUCAACGAAUUAUUUGCCUUAUUUGCUAUACUUAGCGGGCAUUGCUUCGAUAAUUUAUGUUUUGGUGUUCAAGUUCCAUUCAAUUGUUCUACUUUUGUCGAAACUUCCUGGAAGAACUCGAUCUCAUACUCGAACACGUCCGAUUACGCAUUAUCAUGUGUAG